AUGGUAUCUAAAAACAUCCUAACCUCUCAAAACAUUCUUUCCGCGCUUAUCAAUUGGGAUGGAAGUCAAGAAAUCCUUGAUUUAUCAGGUAUCAACCAUCAAACAGGUCCUACUAUUUUAAUUGGAAUCAUUAAAAAUCAUUUAACAAAAUUCAAAAAUCAAAAUAAUCAAAGAAAUAAUAAUAAUAAUCAAAAUAAUAAUAGUAAUAAUAAUAAUAAUAUAUCUAAAGUUUCAUGGAUUAAAAAAUUAGUUGGAUAUGAAUUAGAUUAUUUUAAAAAUCAAUGUACAGAACAGCUUGGAAACUUUGCUUGCGUUAGUGGAGAUUUGGAAUUGGUUAAAUAUUUCUAUGAUUUGGGUAACCCAAACUUUUUUACUUUAAAGGAAGCUAUACUUAAUUGUCUCCAAUACAAUAAUAAUUUUGAAGUUAUAGAAUUUAUCUACAAUGUUGUAUUCCCACAUUCCAGAUCAUCAGACCAAGAAGAUGAACAAUACACCUACCCCCAUCUAGCAAGUGCCAGUAUUAUUACCAAUGGUACUAGUAUCCCCCUUAGACAUGCUCUCAUGAUUGAAUGUCGAUUCUCAAAUCUACGACUCUAUCUUCCAUUCACCAAAAGUUUUGAACAACUCCAAAACAAUGGAUCGUUCAGACAUAUUCAAAACUAUUGGAAAAAUGAUUAUGCGAUGCAUUUAAUGAAUAACAAUAACGAUGGUGAAAUACCAAUUGUAGAUAUACCAGGUGCAAAGAUAUUAGAUUGGUUGGUUGAAAGAAAGAAAGUACCAAUGCAUUGGAAGAGAAACAAUGGUAAUCUUAUAAAGUUGAUAGAGGAUACAAUGACCUCAAAUCCUUCACAACUAUUGAAAGAUCUAAAGAUUGAAAACAUUGAUUACUUUAAAUGUUUAGAGGUGUUUAAAUACUUUGAAAGUCAACCAUCGGGCAACUCAAAGACUCUGUUGGGAUACUAUUCAAAUAUAAACACUCAGAAAUGGAAUGAUGUCAUAAAGGCCUAUCACAAGGAUCAAUUAUAUAUCGGUGAAAACUGUCAAAGAUUAACUCAAAGUUUAAAUUAUGAUAUUCCAAAUAUGAAAAAGACAAUAGAAAAGACAAUGAAAUCACUUGAGGAAUCAAAUAAAAAGGAAAUAGAAUUGACAAAGAGUAGAGAAACGGCAAUCAAUACAUUUAAAAAGGCAUGCAGUGAUAUUGGUAUCAAAGGUGACAAGAUUAGAGACGAAAUAUUGGAAUUACCAAAUGGUUUGGACAAGUUGUUUGAAAAGGCAAUACAACUAUUACAAGAUGGUCGUAUACUUGGAAUGAUUCGAUUUUAUAAACAAUUUGCUCAAACUAAUACAUGUGAAUUAAAAGAAGAAAUAUUUUCAUAUUUAUUACUUGUAAACAAACAUGGUAAUAUUAGUAUUGGUGAAAGAGAGAUGAUAUUAAAUCCAUCAAUCAUUGUAAAAUCAAAAAAGGAUCAGAAUGUAGACUCUAAUAACAGUGGUAGUGAUCUUGUUGCUUUGACUGCACCAGCAACAAUUGAUUGGGACUUUUCAGUUGAAGAGAGUGGAUCUCAACUUGAUGAAAAGGCAGCUGCUUCAAUCAAUUGGGAUGAAUUUACAGUUGUACUCGAAGAAGAUGGUACAACUAAUUCUUCAUCGGUAGCAGAUGACUUUUCAAUGAUGGAUACCAUUGAAAUUGUUGAAGAAGCAAAUACUAUAUCAUCACCAAUACUCGAAUCAACAACAACCAUUACAGACAAUAUCAAAUUUAUGGAUAAUGCAAACGAGUCAAUAAUGAGUGACAAGAUAUUUAGAAACCGUUUGUUGGACGAUAUCUAUGAAAUGGAUAUCUUUUUAAAACAACGCGCAGUUGAAAUGAACCAACCAGAGAGUGAAUUUAGUGCAAUUCAUAUGAUGCAAGAAUCAAUCACAUUGGAUCAAUGUGAACAAUACUCUAAACUAAUUGGUGAUAUCAUUUCACAAUUGUCAUCUUCCAAAGUAAAUAAUAUUUUAGAAUUAAAAUCAAGUUCAAAAUUGGUUGAUAGAAUGGCAUUACAAUUUACACAAAAAAUUGGUACUAUAACAAAAUACCAACAAUUGAUCAAAGACCUUUUACAAAAACGUGAAGAUUUGAAUACAACAUUGACCGAAACAAAAACAAAAUUGGAAUCACAAACCAAAGAAACCAAACAACUUCGUUUACAACUACAAGAACUUUUGGUCGAUAUUAUGGAUGGCAAACAUAUUAAUAUUAUGAUGCCCUAUAUUUUAUCAUAA